AUGCCCGAAUACACCACAGACUAUCUACAGUCCUGGGGUGAUGAAUGGGUUGCCCGUUGGUCAGAGGGCCUCUGGGCUCUGGAAAACAUGGCAAGGUGCACCUUGCAAUACAUCAAGAUCUACGCAAACUGGGAUGUUUGUGCUGGACUUUCCAAAAGCGCUUCCUAUAGGUAUAGAACUGAACGUCUUUUUGGUGUUGAAUGGACACCACAUGAGGCUAAUAGUAAUAUCAACUACGAAGUCUCAUGUGGCUUCAGCAAGCUCGCCUGGCGAGAAAGCGAGUGGGCUAGGGAUCGUCUGGAGAAAUUUGAGGAACUAUACUGGUCGAACGAGCUCAUUGCAGAGGGCCACUUCAUGUGCGGCUGUAUCUCCGGCACUCUUUUCAAAAUGGUGCUUUGGAUCGAUUGGGUUGAGCAACGCUGA